GGCGGGUCUCGGGAGCUGCUCUUCACCAGUUCUUUCCCUCGGAUCUUCAUGGGUGUCCCCUCAGUGGUCCUAACCGGCGACACGCGGGUGUCCGCGCUAAGCCGAGGUAGCGGCUCAGCGGAGGCCCCGAGUGCAGAUACCGCAGCUGUGGCUACUGGAAGGCCCAACUUGCCCGUGUCCCGUUAGUGGCCCAUUUGGCAGAAUCUCUUCAUCUCUUCGGGUUGCAACGUUAACUCCCCUACCCAAACCCAGCCAGGUGACAGAGGGCCGUCUGAGUGCCCAGCCCGGGGAUGGCCGAGGAGCCGCACGGGACCUGGUUUGGCUUCGGAUUCCGUGGCUUCGGGCAGGCGCUGGGCUCUGGGCGCGGGUGUCAGGCGGUGCUCAGCCCCGAGCCGCUGCGGGCCGGCGGCCACAUCCGCGGCGUGAGCGCGAGCUGGAGUUACACCGCGCUGAUGACCUGUGGAGGCCGUGUGGAGUUGUCGGGCUACGCGAGCGGUGAGGCCAGCGACUGCAGAGACGUGUGGGCUUCCGAGGGGCUCGUGGUGGUGCUGCGCGCAGGGCCGGGGUCCCUGGAGGAGCUGCAGGGCUGGGCGCCCAGCUCAGCGCUGCGCGGGGAGCCCCUCUGGGCGCAGACCGCCUUGGUGCCAGAGGCGGAGGCCCAGCGGGAAGACCCGCCAGAAGGUGAUGGUCCAGCCACGAAGCUGCCGCUGCUGCCAGGCUCCCGUGCCCACCUGAGCCCGCAGCCGCCCUUCCGCCAGCCCCUGGCUCCAGAGCUGCAGGCGCGCCAGCUGGAUUUGGGCAACGAGCACGUGUUGCUGCUGUGCGCUGCUGGCCAGGUGUUCUCCUGGGGCGGAGGCAGGCAUGGACAGCUGGGCCACGGGACUCUAGAGGCAGAGCUUGAGCCAAGGAUGUUGGAGGCACUGCAAGGCCUACGCAUGGCUCAGGUGGCGGCUGGUGGCUGGCACUCUGUUUGUGUGAGUGAAACUGGGGAUAUUUAUACCUGGGGCUGGAACGAGUCAGGGCAACUGGCCCUACCUGCAAGGAGCCUGGCAGAGGAUGAGGAGACAGUCACAUGGGAAGGAUUGGAUGAGGACUGUUCCAAUGGAGAGGAAGCAGCAGCCAGGGCCAAGGAUGGAGUCCCUGUCCCCUUUAUAGCUGUCCAGCCCUUCCCAGCUUUACUGGAUCUUCCGCUGGGCUCAGAUGCAGUCAAGGCCAGCUGUGGGUCCCGGCACACGGCUGUGGUCACAAGGACAGGAGAACUCUACACCUGGGGCUGGGGUAAAUAUGGACAGCUUGGCCACAAGGAUAGUGCCAGCUCAGAUCGGCCUUGCCGUGUAGAAUACUUUGUGGAAAAGCAACUCCAAGUCAAAGCUGUAACCUGUGGGCCCUGGAACACCUAUGUGUAUGCUGUAGAGAGAAGAGCUGACACAUGACAUGGUCAUCAACUUUGCCACACUUUGGAAACCCAUGGGCACUUGGAAAACUGAUGCUUCAGGCCUGCUUACUCGACUGUGAAUGGAUCAGAACCUCUGAGUGUGGGUCUACACAGUAGAUUUGGAAGUCUCCCCACCUCAUCUUAGGUAGUUUGGAUGAACAGCCAGGAAUGGAAACCACUGAGAGUCAGCUUUUGCCAUUUAACUCCAUUUCAAAACUUAUGAUUUGCACAUUUGUGUCUGGGCACACCAGGGUCUCUUGUGGCUGUAAAUGGACACCUGUCUGGCAUUAUGUGGGUGAUUGGGAAAUUGAAUCUGGGCAAUAGGCUUUGCAAACAGGCACCUUUAACUACUGAGCCAUCUCCUCAGCCCCUUCGAGUACAUUUUCACUUAGAACCUUACCACGCUUGGAUUCAUCUUUAAAAAAAAAAAAACUUUAAAAAAUUUAUUUGCAAGUAGAGA